AUACGAGGAAUCGAAGGAUGAGCAACAUGAGUGUGAAAUUGAUUGUUCUCUGGAUGUGCUUCUCGCAUGCCACUGGGAGCCCCCCGUCAUUUCACGGCGAUAACUCGGAUGGAAUUGCAGACAGCAUCGGUUACAUGACAAAACACAUAGUGCAGAAGCACUUUUCACACAGUUACUGUGUGGGGCUCAUCGUCGAGAACGGAGAGAUAUUGAAACAUAUCCCGACAUUCACGUCUACAAUUGUAGUCGACAUUUCUACGAUAUCAAAAACCGUCAAUAGUAAAGAAUUUGAAACCACUCAAGAGGAAGCUGGAGUAUUUGAUAAAACACUGGUUAAACUGUUAGAUCAAGGAUGUUUAUCAACCAUAAUACAAGUUUCUAAUCCAAAAUUGUUGGUGGAAUAUUUGUAUACAUCAUCGCGAAAGUCUGAAUCACGUUCAAACAAACGUUAUCUGUAUUUGCCGCCUUUUCACAACUCAGGGACUUCAAAUUACGAUGUUCCUGGCUUAUUCAGAAUGAAAGAAAUGGCUGUAAUGCCUGAUCUUGUGGUAGCAAAAGUAAUCAGAAAACAUGAAAUUGCUUCUGACACAGAUGACGUAAAUCAAGGACACAACAGUAUUAGACAGCGAAUCCCUUAUACAAACACGUCUGACAGACGUCUUUCUGGGGUACAGCGACGGGAGAAAGAAGGAAUUGAAAGGUUAAGAUACUCGCGUCUCAAUUGGUAUGAAAUAGAGGUAGUGACUCACAGAUUCGUGGGAUCAAAUCCUGGCACAGAAGUGUGGUUAGACACGUGGAUACCCGGAAAGGGUUUUGCCGAAGACACUGUCUUGUACCCGAACAAGAUGCGAAACCUCCAUGGCAAAGUGGUUCACUUGGCCGCAGUACCAAAUUAUCCGCCCUACACCAUAAUCAACAUGAAAACCACCCCACCUGUGUAUGACGGAAUUGAACUCCGUUUCAUCAAAGACUUUGCACGCCAUUUAAACUUCACCUUCAGUGUGAUCACUGACGAAGUGAACUGGUGGGGAAAAGUAUGGCCAAAUGGAACAGGAAAUGGUAUGUGGGGUAAUGUGGCUAUGGAUGUUGCGGUUAUGGGGUUUGGUGCAACAUAUGCAUGGCUCGAAAAUUACCCACACCUAGACUACAGCCUGCCUUACUUCCGAAGCUCUGUCCGCUGCCUCACUCCAUGCCCUCAGAAGUUGCCUGGCUGGAUGACCCCUUUGCUACCAUUUACUUCAAAUAUGUGGGCAGCUGUUGGAAUAUCUAUGCUAAUUACAUCAUCAUCACUAUACCUUGUGACAAGAACUAUAAUGUCAUUACCAGGUAAGUUCAAUCCUCUGCAUCCAGACAGGUUCUGGCACCCGAGUGUAUCUAAUUCAUACCAGAAGUAUUUUCCUGAAGGACUCCAAUCAAUGAUAGGACCCAACAGUAAGCCACACCAAUGCUUCUCCACAGUGACUGACGCCAUUAUCAGUUCAGUGGGUCUGCUCCUACUACAAGUACCAGAUGAAGAAAGAUCACCUCGAUACAUUCCUCAGCGACACUUGCUGGCAUGGCUCAUGGUGUACUUUCUGCUCAUCAACACAAUCUACAGUGGUGGACUAGCCUCUGUUCUCACUGUGCCUAGGUAUGAGCAUCCUAUAAACAGCAUAGCAGACCUUGCACGAAGUGACAUGCUGUGGGCAGCAACUACAGAAGCCUGGGUAUUUUCUAUACAGGAAGCAACAGAGCCUGACUUUAGACGCAUCACGCGCAAUUUCCGAGUGAUGACAGAUGAGCAACUGCUGGCACGUGCUUUUGCAGGCGACUUGGCUUUUGCAGUAGAGAGACUUUUGGGUGGAAACUUUGCCUUGCCACCAUUUCUGAAUGAGAAGACGGUGACAAAUGUACGGGCAAUGAGAGAGGACUUGUAUUCAGGGUACUGCGUAUUCAAUGUGAGGAAGGCAUCACCCUUUCUGGAGAGUCUCAAUACACUUAUUCUGAAGCUGCAUGCAGCAGGUCUUUUGCUGAACUAUGAGGGACAGGUGGUGCAAGCAUUCUCAUCACAGCGCAUGCAACUAAUACUGGCACAAAACGAUCAGCCCACGUCAGAUUCGGGCCCUGUUACACUGCAAAUACAGCACGUGCAAGGAUCAUUAUGUUUCCUAGGAUUUGGCCUCUUGAUUGCUUCUUUAGUGUUCAUUACAGAAGUACUUAAAAAGUAAAAUUUAUUCAAUAUAAACAUCAACAACAUUGUGGGACAAUAAUUUAUUUCUUAUUUCUGAACUUGUUCAAUUAAUGUCUUUGGCAUAUUUAAAUGCAUAUUUUGAUAUUCAAACUGAAAUGUUUACAAGUUCUCAUAUAAUAGGAGACCGUAAAUUUGUAACGUGAUUUCUUCUAAAUAGUUGAUCUGAUAAAAAGUUCCAAGACAAUGAAUGAGAAGGCAUUCUAAAGCCAUAUGGAUCUAUAUCUAGGGAAAAAGGGAAUUUAUUGGUUAGAGGUUUAAUAAAAGAAAUGGUGAGGAACAAAAUGUUUCUUUUGGUAAAAAUAGUCCAUACAAAGCAGUAUGGAAGAUAUUAUCAAGAAUGUUCCCAAAACAAAGACAAUUGGGUAUCUACUGAAAAGCGUUUUCAGCAUGCAAGGAUGUGGAAGGUGCUUGUGGCCUAUUUGUAUGUGCUUUUUUUUAACUUCGCCUGGAAAGAACCACAGAAUCAUUAGCCAAUAUAAUCAGUAAUCUGGCCAAGAUUUAAACUGAGAAUCUCCAGAAUAUAUUACUGCUAUGUCAAACUGCUUAGUGCUACUGCUGACAUACAUUUUCUGUAAAUGAAGAAUUCUUAGAGGGGAUUAAUACAGUAUAACAACUAUUACCAUGGAAUAGCGCAAAAGUGGUCAUAAUUGAUAACAUACUUUAAAGAUGCGUGGAAAUGUUUAUUCACAGAAAAUACAGAUAUGUUUUGACAACAGACAAAAAAAGCUCAUUAUAUAUAAGAGCCAAGGAGUAGGACACUAUUGUCCCAACGUGACUGUGUCACAGUGAGGAACAUUAAAUGGGGAUAUUAGUGUGCACAUGAGUGUUAUACUUUGUAAUAUGAAAAUAAUAAAACGUUCAUGUAACCUUACUUGGACCUGCGCCAUAACA